AUGUUUCCAAAUGAUCAAUUUAAUCGUGGAUACCAACACGACAGAAUGACAAGAUUUGCAUCAAAUGUAGAUAGGCCUAUCGAGAGUCGCCCAAGAAGAGAUUUCCCGAUGAGAAGUCAAUCAACAAGAAUUGAGCCUAGCAGCCCACGCGAGAUUCCGAUGCAGAGAAAGACAUCAACAAUACCACCUAUAGUUAAUUUCGAUCUUUCACAACGUGAAAGCAAUAUAGAAUGUGAGAUUUUACCAACAGAUGUUUCAAUAGAUGAUGAUGACCCACUGAAAAAGAUCAUUCAAAUGCAAAAUGCUAUUUCAGAGAAAUUUAUUAAUACGAUAGAAAGCAGCUGCAAAGUUAUAACAGCAGCAACGGAAAUAAUUAACGAAAUGCCUAAAUUCUCAAAACCAUAUCAAAACGCUCAACAUACAGGUAAUGACUUAGAAAGUCGUAUUCAAUACGUUCAAUCUAUUGAAGAUGGAGCAGAUUUGAACUUAGAAGAAAUUCUUAAAUGA